AAAAGACUUAACAUUAGGGAUGUCUUAAAAGAGACAAACCUCAGGGAUGCUGAGUUCGAGGCGGAACUUGGGGCCGUCGUAGUGAUGGAGAAUGGGUCGGAAGGAAUCUUCUUGGAGUGGCAAACACACCUGAGCAGAGAAACUGGAUUCGCCAGCAAGAGAUUCUCGAUGUUUGUUCCUCCGAAGCUCGCCGCCUGGAAAGAUACUAACAAGACAGGAAGCUUCUCCUUCUCACCCAUUCUACACAACAACAUGAGCAACAGAACACAAAGUAAAAGAACAAACUCUCCUAUGAGAUUUGCUCUCUUACGUUCAGGAUCUCUACUGAAACGUUCAAGCUCCCCAAGCCAGCCAAGAAUACUGGAUGUAAAGACCUUACCAGAGCCACAAAGAGCGAUAUAAGUGCUGAGAAACUAAU